AUGAAAACUCCUCCAGGCAGAUCCUUAGCUGCUACUUGUGGAGAUGGGACAGUUGAGACUCCUGAGCAAUGAGAUGACUCCAAUACUAUUAGUGGAGACGGAUGCAGCUCAACUUGUACAUUAGAAGCUGGAUACCAAUGGGAUGGAACAGAAGUGCAGGAUAUUUGUGGUGACGGUCUUGUUGUCACUCGAAAGAAGGACUAUAUCGAAUACUGUGACGACGGAAACACAAUAAACGGAGAUGGGUGAGACUCAACUUGCACUAAAGAAAUCGGCUACGUUUGUUAUGGAGGAGCUUUUGAUUCAGUAGAUAGCUGUGAAGAACUCUGUGGGGAUGGAAUCAGGCUGAACGGAUUUUUGGGUAAUACAAGUGAGAAUUACUGAGAUGAUGGCAAUAAUUUGAGUGGAGAUGGGUGAUCUGAGCAGUGUCAGGUUGAGAGUGGGUUUGAGUGCUCUGGAGGAAGCAUUUCUUCAUCUGAUAUUUGAACAAAAAUUUGUCAAGUUGAGAAUUGUGUUCAAUGAAAAGAAGAUGAUGAAAACAAAUGAAUUGUUUGAGAAAAUGGAUCAUCGAUGCAAGAUGACCUCACAUGACUCAAAUCCAAUGUAACAGUAGAAGUUAAGCAAAUGGGUCAAACUACAACAGCAGCAGCUGGUGCUGCUGCUUCAGUUGCUGUUGGCAUCUCUGCAUUAUCAUUCUCUUCACCAAUGGCGAUAUGGAUAUUAGCUAAUCAAUUCCAACUAUUUUCUUUGUUUCUUCUUACAAAUGCUAAUCUUCCAACUGAUAUCAAAGAGUACAUUAAAGGCAACUCGAUGUUUUCAUUUACAAUGGAGUUUUUGCCUUUCAGUGACUCUGUCAAGAAGAAUGGCUUGAUCUCUAAAUUUGAUAAAGAACAAAAGCAUGAGAGCCUACAGACUAUAGGGUUAGAGUCUCAAAGUGUGAUUGUAAAUAACACUGGAUUUGUAAUCACCCUGAUUUUGCUCUUAAUCGUUCAUGCUAUGAUAUCUUGAUUACCUAGGAAAGAGGAAGAAGAUGACGAACAAAGCUCUAAAGCUAAAUUCAAUAAACUGAUCAAGAAGGCAUAUCAGAUCUUCACGUUAGGAGUUUAUAUAAGGUUUAUUCUUGAGGCAUUUCAAUAUCUUUUAUUCAGCUGAAUGUCUGAGAUCAAACUUUUUAAUUUUUCUCGAACUUUCAGAAUUAUUUCUACAUCUGUUGCAUUUGGAGUACUUAUAUUAACUAUUUUAUUCUUUGUAAUAUGAAUCAGGCAAGCUCUUCAAGAACCAGAAGUGAUAGUUAUUGUUGACUCUCAGAGAUCAAAACUUGAUGAGUUUAACGCAGGCUUAAAGAAGAAAAGAUAUGUCAGAGUUUAUUCUCCAAUGCUACUAUUCAGAAGAUAUUUCUUUGUAAUUUGGCUCGUGUUCUGACUUGAGUUAAGCCAAUUACUUAUUGUAUCUGGGAUGGUUGUAUUUCAAGCGAUCUUUGUCUUAGUUUUAUUAGUUCUUCGUCCAUUUGAAGAUAAGGUCAACAACAUUAUUGAGCUUCUGAAUGAAUUUAUCUUCACUGUGCUCUUGAUUAUCCUCUGUCAAAUAAACACUGAAAAAGCAUGGACUGGAGAAAUAACAUCAUUAUUCCUCUGGACAAUGCUAAUGAAUACUAUAUUGAUUACUUUUAUCUUAGUUGUUUCAUUGAUACUUCAGCUUAAAAGAAAAUGAGCCAAUUCAAAAGAAGAUUCCUCUCCAGGAGGAAGCAACAAGGUCAUGAAUGUUCCUGAUAUAUCUGUAAGGAAUAUUUCUAUAGACUUAACAUUAUUCUGGCCUAUUUUCAAUAAUAUUUAG